UCUCCUCCUCCUCCUCCUCCUCCUCUCCUCAUCUCAUCCCCCCCCAGCUCGUUCCAGCAGGAGCCCCUGACCCCCCCCAGACCCCCCCACUCCUCCCUGAAGCCCAACCAGGUGGGUCAAGUGGUUCUGUAUGGUGUACCCAUCGUGUCCUUGGUGAUCGACCAUCAGGAGCGGUUGUGUCUGGCCCAGAUCUCCAACACUUUGCUGAAGAACUACAGCUAUAACGAGAUCCACAACCGGCGCGUGGCGCUGGGUAUCACCUGUGUUCAGUGCACCCCUGUCCAACUGGAGAUCCUGAGGCGAGCUGGCGCCAUGCCCAUCUCCUCCCGCCGCUGUGGCAUGAUCACCAAGCGAGAGGCGGAGCGGCUGUGUAAGUCCUUCCUGGGGAGAACAACCCCCAAACUGCCUGACAACUUCGCCUUUGAUGUGUCACACGAGUGUGCCUGGGGUAGUCGUGGUAACUUCAUCCCAGCGCGCUACAACAGCAGCAGAGCCAAGUGCAUCAAGUGUUCCUACUGCAGCAUGUACUUCUCUCCUAACAAGUUCAUCUUCCACUCUCACCGUACUCCUGAAGCCAAGUACAUCCAGCCGGACGCUGCUAACUUCAACUCCUGGAGACGCCACCUGAAGCUGUCAGAUAAAACCCCUCCUGAUGACCUGGCGUUUGCCUGGGAGGACGUGAAGGCCAUGUUUAAUGGUGGCAGCAGGAAGCGGUGUCUACCCUCAUCUCACUGCUCCGCCAUGGGGCCGGGGAAGGUUGUGAACUCUGGUCUGCCCCACAUGAUGACCCCUGACCUGGUCCAGAAGAGGAGCCGCUUCGAGGAGGAGGAGGACCUGGAUGGAAGCAGCCUGUCUCCCCGUAAGAACACUCGCAGCUACCCGGUGAUCCCUGUGCCCAGUAAAGGGUUCGGCAUGCUGCAGAAGUUCCCCCCUACCUCCCUGUUCCCCAACCCUUACUCCUUCCCAGCCUUCAGCCUCUGUCAUCAGAAGAAAGAUGACAGUGAGGUGGCUGGAGGACAGAAGAACACUGGUCUAUCAGGUCUGCUGUGGCCCGGUCGUAAAGACACCUUCUAUCCUCCAUUCUGCAUGUUCUGGCCCCCUAGGACUGCUGGGGGCCUCCCAGUGCCCACCUACCUGCAGCCACAGCGCUCCGUCAACACUCUGUCCUCAUUGGCCGAGAGCCCCUCCCUCAGGCAGGCCUUCCUCGACCUAUCAGAGCCCCCACACCCAGGGGCGGGGCCAGGCAUAAGAGCCACACCCAGGUCAGGUCUGUUUGACCUUGACUCCUCCACCCUGACCUCUGACUUGCACCCUGUGACCUCAGAGGGCUGGCUGAAGGUGUUGGACACCCCGUCUCUCCAGGCUAGGAAAGCCUACUACCACUCAGCCUUCCGACCCGUCGUCAAAGAUGCAGAAAGCAUCGCCAAGCUCCAUGGCAACCUGGAUGAGUUUGGGUCAGAGCUCCACCUGUCCCCCGGGACCAGCUGCAGCUACGCCUCUGAGAGCGGAGGAGAGGGGGAAGAAGAGCGAGAAGAGAGUGAGGAGGAAGGAGAGGUGGAUGUAGAGACCAAGCAGGAUGAGGAAGAGGAACAUUUCAAAAGACCAACCCCACCACAGACACACAGCGGCCUGCACCUCCGAGGGCAAAGUGAAGGAUCAGGACUAUGGGAGAGAAGAGAGAAAGAGGCUGUCACCUUCCCCUGCAGCCCUGCAGAUCACAGCCAGGACCAGAGCACUACAAGCCUGCCUGCCUCUCAUUCUGCUCCCCCUGCCAGCCUCACACUCUCUCUCCCCAGCCCCACACACACCCCGCUGCAACUGGAGGACCAGUCCUACAAACAUGUAAAAACUCAUAAAAGCAGAGACCAUGGACUGCCUGUUUAUGCAACCAAAGAAAACUCCAAAACAGCUGGUACGCAGUGUUACCUAGGUGUUACCGAGGUGUUACCGAGGUGUUACCUAGGUGUUACCUAG